UACGACCAGAAGUGAGGAGCAAAGAGCAGAUCAUGGAGCUGCUGGUUUUGGAGCAAUUUCUCAGUAUACUUCCUGAAGAAAUCCAAAGUUGGGUUUGGGUUCGUCACCCCGAAUCUUGCGCUCAAGCCGUCGCCUUGGCUGAGAGUUUCCAGUUGGGACAAGGAGAUCCUGAUGGGAUUUGGGAACAGCAGGUGACGGUGCGCGUGAAGGUGGAGGAGGUGGCCCCAGGAGACACAGAGGACCCUGAAUUGGUGGGAGACCCAUCGAGCCCCCCAUCAGAGUCACCCCAGCUCCCCUCUGGGGACAGCUGGUGGCAGGAGGUGGCCCAGGGCAAGGUCAAGUUUGUCCCUGAGGAAGAGGAGCAGCAUCUGCAGGACACAGGUCCCACCAUGGUGAGCAGAGACCCGGAAGCAUCUGUUUUGCAACAACAAGACCCCCCGCACCCACCCAGCACCCUCCAACGUGUCCCAACAGCCAAGACACCCACUCAGAGAGGAACCCACCGGCGACAGAUCCCACGGGAUCCCACCAUCUUCUCCCAGCCCUUCACCCAAGAUCCACCUGGCCCAGCAGAGGACACCAAGAACCCCGAGAAGCCCUGGGUGAAGCAGGGGAAGGACCGUCCGUAUCCUUGCGGCGAAUGCGGCAAGAGCUUUGGCCGGUUGACCCAUUUGAAGACCCACCAACGAACCCACACAGGGGUGAAGCCCUACGCUUGCGGAGCUUGUGGCAAAAACUUUGGUCACCUCUCCACCUUGACCACCCACCAACGGUUACACACCGGAGAACGUCCUUACGCCUGCGGCUCUUGCGGCAAGACCUUCACCAACCCAUCGGACCUCAACAAGCACCAACGGUCACACACGGGCGAGCGGCCGUAUCCCUGCGCCGCCUGCGGCAAACGCUUCAGCCAACAGUCCAACCUCACCAUGCACCAACGGAGUCACACCCAGGAGAGACCCUACCCCUGUGGAGCUUGUGCCAAGAGCUUCAAGUACUUGGCGGACCUGACGGUCCACGAGAGGUCACACACGGGUGAAAGACCUUUCUCCUGUUCUCAUUGUGGGAAGAGCUUCAGCAAUAAGUCCUCCCUCGCCCGGCACACGCGGAUCCACGCCCGGGUGGCCGCCAGGGAUAAGUGA